AUGGCUGACUCUCACUUGUCUGGGACCUUAGGGAGCUACAACGGCAGCUCCACCAGCGCCUGGAACAUCACCGGCAGCGGCCCUUGGUUGUUAGCUUUUAUGCUGACCAUCAUCAUCCUAAUGACCAUCUGUGGCAACAUGUUGCUCAUUGCGUUGGUGUUUGCCCAUCGCUCUCUGCGCUGCACCUCAAACUGCUUCCUGGUGUCUCUGUUCUUCUCCGAUCUAAUGGUGGCAUUGGUGGUCAUGCCCCCAGCUAUGCUCAACGUUCUGUGCGGGGCCUGGGUGCUGUGGCCUGCGUUUUGCCCGGUUUGGCUUUGCUUUGAUGUGAUGUGCUGCAGCGCGUCCAUCCUGAACCUGUGCUUGAUCAGCCUGGACCGCUACCUCUUCAUCAUCUCGCCCCUGCGCUAUAAGCAGAGGAUGACCCCGCCUCGGGCGUUAAUCCUUGUAGGGGCUGCUUGGGGGCUAGCAGCGUUGGCUUCCUUCCUGCCCAUUCAGAUGAAAUGGCACAGCUUGGGCCACAGGAGCGGACACUCAUCUGUUCUUGGGGUCAGCACUGGGAACAUCAGCUCCUACUCUGACAAACUGUACCCAGAAUCCUACUUUCAGCUGUCACCUUCAGGUGGCCUUUCUUUCCAGUGUCGUCUGCGGGUGACCCUGCCCUUUGCUCUGGUGGCAUCUGUGCUCACCUUCUUUCUGCCCUCCAGUGCCAUUUGUUUCACCUACUGCCGGAUCCUUCUGGUGGCACGCAGGCAGGCGAAGAGGGUGGCGGCGCUGAGCCACCCGCCUCACCCGCACCCUUCUCUCGGAGAACCCUCCCGGCCUCCUUCGCCAGGCAUUGCAGCAGGGCAAGCUCAGCAGGACGGAGAUGACUGCAGCCAUUUGGAGCCUCCUGUGUCACAAAACAUGCCGCCGUCAGUGAACAGCGAGCGUCGCCUGGCUCACAGGCAGGGUCGGAGGGCACUCAAGGCCAGUCUGACUCUGGGAGUCCUCUUGGGACUCUUCUUCAGUGCUUGGCUGCCUUUCUUCAUCACCAACAUGGCAGAGGCAGUGUGUGAGUGCGUCCCCCUUGCGCUCUUUGAUGCCAUAACCUGGCUGGGCUACUGCAACAGUACGAUCAACCCCAUCAUCUACCCGCUGUUCAUGAGAGACUUCAAGCGAGCUCUGGGGAAGCUGUUGCCCUGCUGUUCUUCGCGGUCGCCCCGAAGACCCUCACCGGCGCUCUCGCUCUCUCUGCGUAACUCGGGAGAGCCCAACAUUGCCAGCAACCCACCCUCACCUCUGGCUUCUGACCCCACGCACCCGCCCGCCACCGCCACUGAUGCUGUCAAUCUGCUGGAUGCCGAGCACGCUGGGCUUGAGUUGCCUCUCCUUCUCCCCAACCAGGUUGACACUUUGGACUGA